AGCCCAUCCAAUGGUGGAAAAUAGAAGCCAGACUCCACAUUAAUGAUGCCUGGAAGAGUCUGCUGCUGCUGUGCUGCCUUGCGGCCUCGUUACAAGCGCCUGGUGGAUAACAUAUUCCCCGAGGAUCCUAAAGAUGGCCUCGUCAAAGCAGACAUGGAGAAGCUGACCUUCUACGCCGUCUCUGCCCCAGAGAAGCUGGACCGGAUCGGGGCUUAUUUAGCAGAGAAGCUGAGCAGGGAUGUCAUCAGGCACCGCUACGGGUACGUGUUCAUUGCCAUGGAAGCCCUGGACCAGCUCCUAAUGGCCUGCCAUUCCCAAAGCAUCAAGCCAUUUGUCGAGAGCUUUCUCCACAUGGUAGCCAAGCUGCUGGAGUCUGGAGAGCCCAGGCUGCAAGUCUUGGGUACCAAUUCGCCUGCUUUUGAAAAUGCUUAUUAA